AUGCCGUUUAAAAAAAAAGCAAUACCAUCAAGGUCCAAUAUCACACGUACAGCUCUACCACUACCACUACCAGAUGAAUUACAAAGCAGACUCGAAGUAUCUAACAAGAGACCAUUCCCUCCAACCAGUCACGAAAACCUGAUACCACCUGCCAAAGUUGCCAAACCUCUACCUGCUGAAAAAAGAGAUGCAUUAGAGCAAAAACUAACACAAAAAAUUCGGAAUUUGCAACAACAGCUACGUCGGUCUAAACAAAAGGCAAAAACCAUGGAUGAGGUGAUCAAAAUCAUGAAAGAUAAACUUGUUAUCAGUUCAAAGGAGGCAGAAACUCUACAGGAAAACUUCAAAAAUACACAUUUAAAAUUUUUAUAUAACUUUAAAGAGAAUCUAACAUCUUUGCCUUGCGGAAGGAGAUACACAGAUGAAGUUAAGGAAUUUGCGUUAACUCUCUACUUCUACUCACCAAAAGCGUACAAAUAUGUUAGAUCAAUAAUCCCUCUGCCAAACCCAUCUUUAAUCAGGAAAUGGUCCACUUCCAUUAAAUGCGACCCUGGAUUUAUUGAAGAACCAUUUACAUCGCUAUCCAAACAAAUUGAUGCUUCCCCUAUAAAUAAGGACUGUUGUCUGGUUAUCGAUGCCAUGGCAAUUCGCAAGCAAACAUUAUGGAACCCCCAAAAGGACCAGUAUUCAGGUUUUGUUGAUCUUGGCAAUGAAAUUCCAAAUGUUCAGUGUGACAAACUGGCAUCUGAGGCAUUGGUUUUCCUCUUAGUUGGAACAAGAAGCCAUUGGAAAUGUCCAAUUGGAUACUUUCUAAUCGACAAAAUCUCAGCCAAAGACCAAGCGAUGUUGGUGUCAAAAUCCUUGGAAAAGGCUGCAAAGGCAGGUCUGAAGGUGUGGUCAGUGACAGCUGAUGGAACAGCAGUAAACCUCCGAACAUUCGAAAUACUUGGUUGUAAAUUAUCCGGCACGUAUGAUGAAAUGAAAACAUCAUUUAAGCAUCCAACAACUGGGGAAGACGUUUAUAUAAUCCUUGAUCCAUGUCACAUGUUGAAACUGGCUCGUAAUGCUCUUGGCCACCUUGGAUCCUUUGUUGACGGUGACGGAAAUGAAAUAAAGUGGCACUAUAUCAAAGAAUUACAGCAACUCCAACAACAGGAAGGACUUCAUCUUGCCAACAAACUCUCAAUGAAUCACCUUAAAUACGAAAAACAUAAAAUGAAUGUUAGACUGGCUGCACAAACUCUUAGUUCAUCUGUGGCAAAUGCAAUCGAGUUUCUAGAUGUCUCUACUAAACAUCCUAGUUUUUGUGAUAGUCAAGGAACA